UGGACACACACACACAGACACACACUCACUCACACACACACACACAGAGACACAGAGAGUGAAGAUGGCGAUGCGAGCAGCGCUGCGGAGCUUCUGUCUGUCCUCGAGCUUCAGUCCCGGACUGUCCCAGCAGCUCCCCGCGGCCCGCCUGCUGCUGUGGAGGAGGACCGGCUCCCCGAGGACCCUCCAGACCUCCUCGGCCCUGUCAGCAGCCCUGAAGUUCACAGAUAAACAUGAGUGGGUCCAGGUGGACGGAGGCGUGGGGACCGUCGGUAUCAGCAGCUACGCUCAGGAAGCGUUAGGAGACGUGGUGUACUGUGGACUCCCUGAAGUCGGACAAACACUCGAACAAAUGGAGGAGUUCGGGGCUCUGGAGAGCGUGAAAGCAGCCAGCGAGCUUUACUCUCCUCUGACGGGAGAAGUGACUGAGAUCAACACGGAGCUGACGGAGAAUCCUGCUCUGGUCAAUAAAUCCUGCUACGGAGACGGCUGGCUAAUCAAGAUGACGAUUGAGAAGCCAGAAGAGCUGGACGGCCUCAUGGAUCAAGCUGCAUACGAUAAAUUUCUAAAGUCACUUGAAGAAUAAGUGGAUGAAACUUCUCUGCACUGUUUUUAUAAUGUAAUUACAAUCAAAGAUUAGUAGGCAGGGUUACUAACAUCUCUUUCUUAUAUCUGUGGUUAUUUAUUUUGAUACUGGAAUUGUUUCUAUCAAAAUAAUAAUAAUUUAAAAAGUCCUCAGUAACAUCUUCCACGUAGAGAGUUUGGGUUUGUUUAUCUUGUAGCCGGCUGAAAUUAAUCUGAAGAUCUGUCAGAAAACUUUUGCUCCAUGUCAACCAAUGUUAUAAAAAGACUGGAACGUGAUUGUAAGAGCCAUUCAUUUAAUAAAACCUGGUCCUUAAAA